CCGGGUCACCGGCGUCUAAUACGGAUGUGUGUAUCCUGCUGCCACGUCUGAAUUGCCGUCGUCGACAGGUAGUGGCCAGAAUGACAACCUCCGCGCCAAUCGGAAGGCCUCGUUUAAGGCGCGCCCUGGCUACUGUCCAAUAGAAGUUUAGAGGGCGGGUCUAGUAUACUAUAGUCAUUCCGAAAAGGAACUAGAUUUUUAGUUGGAGACUGGGACGUAGUCAUGUGUGGAAUCUUCGCUUACCUGAACUACCACGUGCCGCGGACGCGCCGCGAGAUCCUGGAGAUCCUCAUCAAGGGCCUCCAGCGCCUGGAAUACCGAGGAUAUGACUCUGCAGGUGUCGGUAUCGAUGGGGGGAACAGCAAAGAAUGGGAGACAAAUUCCAAGGCUAUCCACCUGAUUAAGCAGCGUGGGAAAGUGAAGGCCCUGGGUGAGGAGAUCCACAAACAGCAGGACCUCGACCUGGACGUGGAGUUUGACGUCCACCUGGGCAUCGCCCACACCCGCUGGGCCACCCAUGGCGUCCCCAGCCCCGUUAACAGCCAUCCCCAUAGAUCCGACAAGGGAAAUGAGUUCAUUGUGAUUCACAAUGGAAUCAUCACCAACUAUAAAGACCUGAGGAAGUUCUUGGAGAGCAAAGGCUAUGAAUUCGAGUCGGAGACCGACACGGAGACCAUUGCCAAGCUCGUGAAGUACAUGUACGACAACCGCGAGAGCGAUGACAUCAGCUUUGCCACCUUGGUGGAGAGGGUCACCCAGCAACUGGAAGGAGCCUUUGCCCUGGUGUUCAAAAGUAUCCAUUACCCUGGUGAGGCAGUUGGGGCCAGGAGGGGGGGUCCCUUGCUCAUCGGCGUGCGUAGCGAUCACAAGCUGUCCACAGACCACAUUCCCAUCCUCUACUGCUCCUCUGGUAAGGAGAAGAAGAGCUGCUCCACCUUGCCCAGAAUGGACCAGGACACCUGCCUCUUCCCCGUUGACGAGAAGGCUGUUGAGUACUACUUUGCUUCUGACGCCAGUGCCGUGAUCGAGCACACCAACCGCGUCAUCUUCCUGGAGGACGACGACGUGGCCGCGGUGUCGGAUGGACGCCUGUCCAUUCACCGCAUGAAGCGCACGGCCGGGGACCACCCUGCGCGGGCCAUCCAGACCCUGCAGAUGGAGCUGCAGCAGAUCAUGAAGGGAAACUACAGCUCCUUUAUGCAGAAGGAGAUCUUCGAACAGCCAGAGUCUGUCGUCAACACCAUGAGGGGGAGGGUCAACUUCGACGACAACAGCGUGACCCUGGGCGGCCUGAAGGACCACAUCAAGGAGAUCCAGCGAUGCCGACGGCUAAUCCUCAUCGCCUGCGGGACGAGCUACCAUGCAGGUGUAGCGACCCGACAGGUGCUGGAGGAGCUGACGGAGCUGCCCGUCAUGGUGGAGCUGGCCAGCGACUUCCUGGAUAGGAACACGCCCGUCUUCCGCGAUGAUGUGUGCUUUUUCAUCAGCCAGUCGGGCGAGACUGCGGACAGUCUCCUGGCUCUGCACUAUUGCAAAGAGAGGGGGGCGCUCACCGUGGGCAUCACCAACACUGUGGGCAGCUCCAUCUCCCGGGAGACUGACUGCGGGGUGCACAUCAACGCCGGGCCUGAGAUCGGCGUGGCCAGCACCAAGGCAUACAGCAGCCAGUUUGUGGCCCUGAUCAUGUUCGCUCUGCUGAUGUGUGCUGACCGGAUCUCCAUGCAGCCACGGCGCCGUGAGAUCAUCCAGGGCCUGCGCAUGCUGCCCGAACUGAUCAAGGAGGUGCUGAGCCUGGAUGACGAGAUCCAACGGUUGGCCACGGAGCUCUAUCAGCAGAAGAGCGUGCUGAUCAUGGGCCGCGGCUACCACUAUGCCACCUGCCUGGAGGGGGCGCUGAAAAUCAAGGAGAUCACGUACAUGCACUCGGAGGGCAUCCUGGCCGGGGAACUGAAGCACGGUCCGCUGGCGCUUGUGGACAAACUGAUGCCGGUCAUCAUGAUCAUUAUGCGAGACCACACCUACUCCAAGUGCCAGAACGCCUUCCAGCAGGUGGUGGCCCGCCAGGGGCGGCCCAUCGUCAUCUGUGACAAGGACGACUACGAGACCAUCAACAACUCGAGCCGCACCAUCAAGGUGCCUCACUGCGUGGACUGCCUGCAGGGCAUCCUCAGCGUCAUUCCGCUGCAGCUGCUCUCCUUCCACCUCGCUGUGCUCAGGGGCUACGACGUGGACUGUCCCCGGAACCUGGCCAAGUCCGUGACGGUGGAGUAAGAUGGCGUCUCGGCCCCGUGCUGCCCCCCCCCCCCCCCCCCCCCGCUGACUUUUUCACGACUCUGUUUGAGCCGGCCGCACAAGCCGGUCACGCAGAGCAGAAGAAAUCAACAGCAACAACAGUUUAAGACCCUUUCCUUCUUUUAUACACAUUGUGUAUCAUGGCCACUUUUAAUGAAAUGUACUUCAUGAACUUCCUUUCCUUCCAAAUCAUGUACGUGGCUGCUUCUUAUGGCCAUGGUGACGGGUGGCAGGGUGUGACCUGGUGAUAUGGCAGGCCUUUUCGAAGGCACACUAAGCUUCCUGCUGUGGGCUACAUGAGCUACGAGCUGCUAAUAGUGUGUGUGCAUGUCUCACGUUAGUGAAUCUUGAGCCGGUGGUGAAUAGGUGGGUCCUGCUUUUUGCCAAAGCUUUUUGUUGUUUGAAGAGUCCGAACCGCAACGUGCUGAGCAGUUAUCUUCGCAGGUGACGAUUGGCGCCUCUUUAGGGUAACCAUCCAGCCUGAGAUGCUGUUGGGAAAUUGCGGGGUUGAUCUGACCAGCUUCGGAAAUGAAAUUUCCCGUUGUCGUGCUUUCUGUGCUGCAUCCUCUCAGGUUCGAGCGCAUUCCGAAGUGCUGUUAUCUGGUUUUUGUGUGUUGCCUUGAAAUAGGUGUUUGUGUCUUUCCUGUGGCUACAGCUACCCACCCCAAGCAUAUACUGUACACUGCUAUCAGAAUUGCACUGUUAAGGAUGAGUGAAGGUGAAUAUAAUGUCAGCACUGCUGAAUGGAGACCUUCCUGGUUACUUUGUUUUAUUUGCUAGACUCUGAUAUCUCACUGCUCCUUAAGUGGCUGUUUACAGAUAUGAGCCUGCAAAAUAAUGGUCAAGUUUUCGCUACGCACGUCCGUUUAUUGGAGCCACAUCGCAAUAUAAAAGCUGCGCUGUUGUGAGACGGUGCUCUCGAUUUCUAAGGCUUAAAGCUCCCAUGAAAAGUUACACAGGGAAGAACUGACACAGAGAAGUGUUUGUUUGUGUGCUUUUAAGUAGAUAUCUCUGCUUUUGUGAGCUUAUCUGAAUUACGGGCCUUUUAAGUCCUAUUGCUAGAAGAGUCUGACCCGCCAGUUUCUUGACACGAGGUGUAGUUUGCACAGCUGGUAGUUUGACCAGCAUCGAUCUGUGAUGCUUUUCUCGUGUGUUCAAAAGAGUGUAGUUCCAUUUAGAAGGAAAGUAAGCUCAUCUGAGACAGCUUGGCGUGAACUGGCUGGGGCCUGUUCGCAUAGACUCUGUGAUCCUUUGAAAUUUUUGGUUGAAUGUUACUUGCCGUAAUGAUCCUUAAUUUUGUCGUUUUGUUGAGGAGGUCCGCUUGUGAGGACCGGGGGUUUACAGGAGAACUGGAAGUAAAGGCAGGCAAACCCAAGUGGAAAUGAAGUAUCUGUUACUAAGAAGCCCACAGCAGGUAGCCAGGCCAAACACCGUCACCUUGCCAUCUUUGGUUGUAAUCGUGGGACCAUCAUGUUUCUCUCUACUUUUCAUGCCUUCUGUUUUGUUUUUGUUUUUGUUUUGUGUGUAGGAUAGGUUUGCUGGGAAGUGGGUGUCGUAGUGACAGUACUCCUCCCCCUCUCUAAUCUGUUCGCAAGAUCAUUGAAUUUGCCCCCAGGCUCAGUUGCUUUGUGUGAGAAAGGUGGUUGCAAAAACCAAAAAUGGGAGAACAUGUAUGUGUAUCCCAUACACUUCUCUGGUGGGCGAUUUAAAAGCAUUGUGGCCAAAGGAGUACAAAGAAAAGCCCUCUGUGAAAUGAUGCAUUGACUCAUGACUGCAUCUCAACCUGAGACUGGCUUCUCUGGGGGAAAUUGACCAGCUUACUUCAUAUAUGAGGAAAAAUGAGACAUUAAAAAUAUAUCAUCUUGA